AUGUCGGAGAACCAAAGAAAUCUUGAAGCUGGGUUGUUACUGAACAAGAACCGAAACGACAUCAACGAGUGUCGUAUCACUGUGGCAGUGCUCUUCAGUACUUUUGUUUCUGUUUGUGGUUCUUUCUGCUUUGGUUGUGCGGCAGGUUAUUCAUCAGUAGCUCAAACAGGGAUUAUAAAUGAUUUAGGCCUCUCUGUUGCAGAAUACUCAAUGUUUGGAUCUAUCAUGACUUUCGGAGGGAUGUUUGGUGCAAUCUUUAGUGGGAAGGUCGCAGAUCUCAUCGGUAGAAAAGGGACAAUGUGGUUUGCUCAAGUUUUCUGCAUCGGUGGUUGGCUUGCAAUAGCAUUUGCACAAGACACGAUUUGGCUAGACGCUGGAAGAUUUUCCACAGGAUUUGCAGUUGGAUUAUUCAGCUACGUGAUACCGGUUUAUAUUGCAGAAAUAACACCAAAACAUGUUCGAGGAGCAUUUGUAUUUGCUAAUCAGCUGAUGCAAAGUUGUGGGUUGUCAUUAUACUACGUCAUUGGAAAUUUUGUACAUUGGCGUAAUUUAGCGUUAAUCGGUCUGAUUCCAUGUAUUUUGCAAGUUGUGACUUUGUUCUUCAUUCCAGAGUCCCCUAGAUUACUGCUAGAGAGCCGAGCAUUGUAUAGGCUGAAGCAGAACUUGAACAGCCAUGGACUCAAUGCUUAUGCUGAUUUGCUUGUCUAG